UAGUCUCAUGGCUACGACUCUGCAAGACAUCAUGCUUCUGCUAUGAGCUGGUCUGGGCUGUGCCUAAUAAUGUUGUGCCUGGCACAGAAGAGAGAGAGGGAAAUAGUAAAUGGAACAACUACCAGUCAAAGCUAAACAUGUAGACUGUUUUGGAACAAACCUACCAUUCUUGUUGUUGUCUGUCUUAAAAGUUCAUUGAUAAAUCAGACAGUUGUUGCUUCUUCUUUUUUUUCUUUUGGACUGCAUAUUACCAUCUCUAGGCUAGCUAGAACUAGUAAGAUAGAAGGUGAAAUCUGGUCUUGGGUUUUAGAGAUUGAUCACAUUAAGCGUACGUAUGUCCAAUGGCAAGACCUGGCAACAAGAUCAUUCAAGCUAAGCUGGUGCUUCUGGGGGAUAUGGGAACUGGGAAAACCAGUUUGGUAUUAAGGUUUGUAAAGGGCCAGUUCUUCGAUCACCAGGAACCAACAAUAGGAGCGGCUUUUUUUACACAGAUAUUAUCAUUAACUGAAGCAACUGUGAAGUUUGAUAUUUGGGAUACAGCAGGGCAAGAAAGAUACCACAGCUUGGCUCCUAUGUACUAUCGCGGUGCAGCAGCAGCUGUUAUUGUGUAUGAUAUUUCCAGCAUGGAUACAUUUGUUAGGGCCAAAAGGUGGGUUCAAGAGCUGCAAAGACAAGGAAAUCCUAAGAUGGUUAUGGCAUUAGUAGCAAAUAAAUUGGAUUUGGACUCGAAGAGAGAGGUGCAGAAUGAGGACGGUGAGCAAUUCUCUCAAGAGAAUGGGAUGUUCUUCAUGGAAACAUCUGCAAAAACUGCACAAAAUAUUAACGAGCUUUUCUAUGAAAUAGCUAAGAGAUUGGCAAAGGCUUACCCUUCAAAGUCUACUGGGGUGAAUCUGAAUGAUGAAACCGAAAGUAGGACAAGAAAUCUAUUCUGUUGCUCUGGUUAACAUCCCUCAUCAAAGAGUCCUCCUUAAGCAAUUACUGCAAGCCCGGAAGGGAUUUGAAAAAAAUUCUUGAUAGUUCACAACUUUCUGUUUCAGUAUUUGUACAUAAGCUCUUCAAGUUGUAAGGAAGGAUAUAUUAUUUGUUUAUAAAAUUCAACUUGAGCUGUUUCAAGGCA